AUGUUGGAAGGAAAAUUUGAUGAAUCAACUUUAUUAAAGAAAAUUGUGGACUCAAUUAAAGAUUGUGUCAAAUUAUGUAAUUUCAACUGUACUGAGCAUGGAAUAACUGUUCAAGCAGUCGACGACUCACGUGUUUUGUUGGUAUCAUUAUUAGUUGGUCAAACUGCAUUUAGUGAGUACAGAUGUGAUAGAGAUGUCACAUUGGGAAUAGAUUUGGAAAGUUUUAGCAAGAUUAUCAAAUGUGGCCAAAACGAAGAUUAUUUAACAUUGUUAGCUGAAGAUAGUCCAGAUAGUGUUAUGACCAUAUUUGAAGACAAGAAAAGAGAAAGGGUUAGUGAAUAUAGUUUGAAAUUGAUGAAUAUUGACUCGGAAUUUUUGAAGAUUGAUGAUAUGGAAUAUGAUACUGUUAUUAAUAUGCCAAGUUCUGAAUUUGCUAAAAUUGUUAGAGAUUUGAAAAAUUUGAGUGAAUCGUUAAACAUCAUUGUUACUAAAGAUUCUGUUAAAUUUACUAGUGAAGGUGAAACUGGUACCGGAAGUGUGGUAUUGAAACCUUAUACUGAUAUGGAUAGACCUGAAGAGAGUGUUAGUGUUCAUUUGGAUAAUCCUGUUGAUUUAACUUUUGGUUUGAAAUAUUUGAAUGAUAUUAUUAAAGCUGCUAGUUUGUCAAGUACAAUUACUAUCAAAUUAGCUGAUAAGACCCCUGCUUUGUUCGAAUUUAAAUUGGAUGUUGGUGGAUAUUUGAGAUUCUACUUGGCACCAAAAUUCGACGAAGACGAAUAA